GAAACUGUAAAGUGAAAAUGGAAGUGCGAAUCGAUUGUUAUUUUGAUCAAUUAUUUUCCCAAAUGAAGCGUGGGUGUCUUGCGUCGCGGUAUAAACGUCGUCAGCUCGUUAAGUUCUUUUCAGACGUUAUUAAUAGUUGUGCUGAAGCAGAAGAUGUGGAUAAGCUUGACGUCUGCGAGAGAGUAGUUCAAGCUGCAUUGCGAUAUCACAACAUCGCGAUGGUGGAAAACGGAUCAAUUUGCAUGCUCGGUAAGUUCCAUAACGUCCUUUAUGUGGCUGGAAAAUUAUGCUUUGAUUGGAAACUACCCAAUAACGAAACCGUCUCACGCCUGCUGAACAACAUGUUUUACUGUGAGGGCACCUUUGAGAGGAUUUUAGUUGGUGCAAUUUUCGGGAUACGUGCGACACACUUUCUCUCAGGAUGGAAAAGUGACUUCGAAGACCGAGACGAGAACAUGAAUGCCCUGCUGUAUUUUUUGGAUCAUGCAAAUUCUGCUCGACUUGAAUACAGAUGUCUGUCAUCUAAUUCGAAAAGAAGAUUCAUCGAUGUCCCGAUGGAAUCAUAUGGGCAAGUCCUGCCCCUCAGAGUAGCAGUCCAGUACGGUUCCCCUGACAUUCUACUAAUUAUGCUUCGAUAUGGAGCUUCCACUGAAGGUGACAGAAUAGUCCCAGCCCCAAUUGAAAUUCUGCUUUCCCAAUUAGAGGAAUGUAAAUUAUCGAUUGGACAGAAUGAGCCCGAUUAUCCUCAACAUCUGCUCACCUGUCUAAGACUUUUACUAAGAACAAUUACGACAAUUAUUAUCAAGACUCCAAAUCAUAUGGCUGCUCAGUGUGGUGUAAUGAGUGUAACCAUGUACGAACAAUAUCCAAAACUCGUCGAAGGAAAAUUAAUUCCACCAGAACGAAGCGGACUUACUCCACCGGAACUUAAACAUAUUUCCAGAUGUAAGAUUCGACAGCUGCUUCACGAUAACUGGCAAUUACCUCAUGGAAUAAGAACAUUACAAAUUCCAGACUCACUUGUGGAUUAUUUGGAUCUACUCUGCGACUAACUUUUCACGUACAUUUUAAUUGUUCAAGUAUUUAACAAAAAAAUACCUAGCUUUCUAAGAUUUGAUUUUAAAAUUACUGGUUUUUGUACAAUUUUCCAUUACUGGAAUGUAUCUCUGCAUAAAGAUGUUGACAUCCAUUUGAAUUGCGCAAGAAAAUCUACCAUGAUAACAUUUUUGGUUUCCUGUAUUGCUAGUCACAG